UAUAUUGUUGGCGUUUACUCCAAAAAGGAUAAUUCGCUUACUGUCACUCCUGCACCUGUGAUUCGAAUGACACGUACAGUAAAGGCCUUGUCCAACGAAAAUAUAUCAACAAAGACCGCUUCAAAUGCAUUUGGUGCUGCUCGUGCUGCUCUUGGUUUGGCAUUCGGUACAUCCAAGGCUCAGCAGGAUCUUCGUAACGAGGAGCGCAACAAGGUUGAGGGAGAGGAAUUAGAGUCGAUGAUGGAUAUCAUGCAUAAUGAAAUUAGCAAGGCUACCAAGAACACACCUACACAGGCAUCAUUGCGUAAAGAGAUGGCCAAAGACUUGCCGAUACCUCCUCACGAUAUCAAUGCCGAGUCUCCCGAAAAGGUGUAUGAUAUGGAGGCAAUUGUUUCAGAGGAAGAGUUGAAUGCCACACCCAUCAAAGAUCUUCUCAAAGAGAACACACUCGAGGCUAUCCAGACUCUCUUGCCAUACAACACAUCCGAUUUUGUCAACAACCGCCUGUUGUCGAUUCUCAAAUCUUCUGGAAAGAAAGAUCGCAAGAAAUUGCGUACUCUUGUUUAUAUUUCGUAUCUGAUGGCUUACCUGUGCAGAGUACGAUCCGAUGAUCUUAACAAGCGUAGCAAGCUUGAGGUCAUUCUGAAAGGAGCACCCUCUCUGUUGAUUGACAAGAUGACAGAACGUUAUACUAUCUCAAAUGUGCGUACACCUCUGAUGGCAGACAAGAUUUUGUGUUACAUGUUUGUCCUCUGCCUUGCUGUAGCAGAUUAUACACUUCUUAUCCCUGGUAUUUCCAAGGACCUGUCGAUCAAACCUUCCAAAACAACCACGUUAUUGCGCAACUUGGGUUGCAAGAUCGAGCCUUGCAAUGCUGAAGACCUGAAGAACGCAGAUACAAAGCUGAGUGCUUCUGCCAAGAAGGCUGUUCUUGUUGUUCCACUCACAUUCCCCGAGAUUCGUAAAUUUGCACGCAAAUAA